GAACGGUCGAUGUGUGUGUGCGCGCGCGCGCACACGCAGCUUUUCGGAUGAACACCGACACACUUCACACACGAAUGACAGGAUGUAGCUGUGGAAUAGAGAGAAUGAAGAAAAGGGGCGCGAAUUUGCAAUGAAUCAGCACGCAGCUCUAGAAUGACAGCAGCUAUGUUUUAUUUCGGGUUAAGUAGAAGGUGUCCAGCGGUGACCAGCGGCGAUGAUCGUUGUGUUUUAACCUGAUCGACCACUCACCGUAUCUUGUCCUGUUUUGGAGACACGCAUCUCCAGAAAAUUUCGUGUCAAACAUAAAAGGAGUGGACGAAGGCAAUGGCUGCACAGAACGACUGCUGUGUCAAGGUCUCUUUGCGGAUCCGCCCUCAGAUGUCCAAGGAGAAGAUCGAGGGCUGCCACGUGUGCACCUUGGUGACCCCUGGGGAACCCCAGGUGCUGCUGGGAAAAGAUAAGGCCUUCACGUAUGACUUUGUGUUCGACAUGGAUGCCCAGCAGAAUCAGAUCUAUGCUACCUGCGUGCACAAGCUGGUUGAGGGCUGCUUUGAGGGUUAUAAUGCCACGGUCUUUGCAUACGGCCAGACGGGCUCGGGAAAGACCUACACUAUGGGCACGGGCUUCGACGUGAGUGUGGCUGAAAACGAGCAGGGCAUCAUCCCCCGUGCCAUACGCCAGCUCUUCCAGGGCAUUGAGAAGCAGCAGGCUGAGGCGCGAGCAUCUGGCAUGCAGCCCCCUGAGUUCAAAGUCAGCGCCCAGUUCCUGGAGUUGUACAACGAGGAGAUCCUGGACCUCUUCGACAGUGCACGAGACAUGGAUUCGCGAAGCAGGAAGUCCAACAUCCGAAUACACGAGGAUCCCAAUGGGGGCAUCUAUACUACUGGGGUGACCUCUCGACUUGUCACCUCUGAGGAGGAGCUGCUGCAGUGCCUGAAGCUGGGUGCCCUCUCUCGCACCACGGCCAGCACCCAGAUGAACGCCCAGAGCUCUCGCUCACAUGCCAUCUUCACAAUCCACCUCUGCCAGAUGCGGGUGUGCCGGCAGCCCCAGUUGACAAAUGGUGAUGUAAGCGAAGACAUGGCUGAUGUAUCCGACAGACCCAUCUCACAGCCAGAGUAUGAGACGCUGACGGCCAAGUUCCACUUUGUGGACCUGGCUGGGUCAGAACGGCUGAAGCGCACUGGUGCCACUGGCGAGCGGGCCCGGGAGGGGAUCUCCAUCAACUGUGGAUUGCUGGCUCUGGGCAAUGUCAUCAGUGCUCUUGGAGAUCAGAGCAAGAAGAGCAGUCAUGUGCCUUACCGAGACUCCAAACUAACACGGCUGCUGCAAGAUUCUCUCGGGGGAAAUAGUCGCACUCUGAUGAUCGCCUGCGUCAGCCCCUCAGAUCGGGACUUCAUGGAGACACUCAAUACACUCAAGUAUGCCAACCGUGCACGUAACAUCAAGAACAAGGUUGUGGUCAACCAGGACAAAACCAGCCAGCAGAUCAGUGCCCUCCGGGCGGAGAUUGCUCGCCUGCAGAUGGAGCUCAUGGAGUACAAAGCGGGCAAGCGGGUUAUUGGUGAUGAUGGCACAGAAGGCUUCAGUGACCUCUUCCAGGAGAACUCUAUGCUGCAGAAGGAAAACAACACUCUAAGGAUGCGGGUGAAGGCCAUGCAGGAGACAAUUGAUCACCUCAACAACCGCGUCACCCAGCUGCUCUCCAGUGAGGUCACUGCGGUACUCACCAAGUCAGGUGAUGGCAAUGAAGAAAUAGGUGCUUUAAUCCAGAACUACAUCAGAGAGAUUGAGGAAAUCAGGUCCAAGCUCUUGGAGAGUGAGGCCAUGAAUGAAACUCUGCGGCGUAGUCUGUCCCGCCUCUCCUCCCGAUCCCCAUACACUCCCUCGCAUGGCUCGGCCUUGGGGCUCCCCCCUGGCUCCUCCCCUUCUCUAUCUAUGGAGGCGGAGAUGACCGAUGUGAUCCGUCGUGCUAAGCUGGACAUUGAGAAGCUGAAGAAGAAGCAGAGGAAACAGAGAAGAAAGAGCCCAGACAAGGACAAGGGGUUAAAGAAGAGAGCCAAGCUGCAGGAGAACAGGAAUGCUACGGAAUACGGGGAGAGGGUCAAACACCUGCAGAAUGGCGAGAAUGAAGAGGUCGACUCUGAUGACAACGAUGGUGAGAGCCACUUGUCUCCCCUUCAGGAGGAAGACCAAGAAGAGAGUGCCUGCGACGAAGAUGAAGAGGAGGAUGAGGGAGAGGAGGAAAGGGGCCGAGAAGAAGAGGAGGACGAAGAGGAGUUUGACAGUGACGAGAGCUUGGUUGACUCAGACUCGGACUCUGAUGAAAAAGCCGAUUUCCAGGCAGACCUGGCCGACCUCACCUGUGAGAUCGAGAUUAAGCAGAAGCUGAUCGAUGAACUGGAGAACAGCCAGCGGCGCCUGCUCAUGCUGAAGCUGCAGUAUGAAGAGAAGCUGAUCCAGCUGCAGAAUAAGAUCCGUGACACACAGCUGGAGCGGGACCGCGUGCUUCAGAACCUCAUGUCUAUGGAGAAUUACACAGAGGAGAAAGCCAAUAAGAUCAAGUCAGAGUAUGAAAAGCGGCUGAAGGAAAUGAACCGGGACCUGCUGAAGCUUCAGGCAGCCCAGAAAGAGCACGCCCGUCUUCUGAAGAACCAGAGCCGCUAUGAGCGGGAGCUCAAGAAGCUGCAGGCUGAGGUGGCUGAGAUGAAGAAAGCCAAGGUUGCACUGAUGAAACAGAUGAAGGAAGAGCAGCAGAGGCGGCGGAUGAUUGAGGCCAAGAGAAAUCGUGAGAUCGCUCAGUUGAAGAAAGAACAGCGGCGACAAGAAUAUCAGAUCCGAGCCCUAGAGUCUCAGAAGAGGCAGCAGGAAAUAGUUCUGCGGAGGAAGACACAGGAAGUAACUGCACUGCGACGCCUAGCCAAGCCCAUGUCGGAGCGCGUGGCAGGCCGUGUUGUGCGCCGGUUGCAGCCACUGGACUCUGGCACUGAGCUCACUGCAAGCAACAUGGCCCCUGAGCCAGAGUCAGCUCGCUCUGUCUCCAGCAUUGUGCGACAGUGGAACAACAAGCUGAAUGGCUACAUGACAGAGAGUGAGCCAACAGUCAGUGGAACCCGGGCGGCCAGCAGCAGUAGCAGCAGCAGAAAGAAGUUCCCAAGGAAGACGGUGGGUGGCAGUGUCUCCAAGGUGGCACGACAAAAGUGGCUGGCCUUGGAGCGAAGGGUCACAGACAUUGUGAUGCAGAGGAUGACUAUAACCAAUGUGGAGGCAGACAUGGACCGCCUGCUCAAGAAACGUGAGGAGCUGUCGGUCCAGCAGGAGGCGCUGCUCUGCAAGCGGGAGAAGCUUCUGGGUGAUAUGCUGGAGGGGGAGGAGGAGCACCUCCUGCAGGAACUGAAUGAAGAGAUUGAGGUGCUCAAUGCCAACAUUGACUACAUCAAUGAUAGCCUGUCAGACUGCCAGGCCACCAUUGUGCAGAUUGAAGAGACCAAGGAUGAGUUGGACUCGGUGGACACGUCGGUGGUCAUCAGUUCGUGUUCCUUGGCUGAGGCACGUCACCUUCUGGACUACUUCCUGAAAUCCUCCAUUGACAAGGGGCUGCAGGUGGUGCAGAAGGAGGCUCAGAUCCGGCUGCUGGAGGGCCAGCUGCGGCAGACAGAUGUGAUCGGGUCGGCCCACAAUCAUGUGAUCCUGGAUGCCCUGCGGGAGAAAGCCGAGUGUAUCCCGGAGCUACAGGCUCUCAUUCACAAUGUCCAGCAGGAGAACGGCUAUGCUAGCACUGAUGAGGAGGCAUCUGAGUUCAGCCAGGCAUCGGAGGGCAGUUUCUCUCACUCCUUCCAAAUGAAGGUGUCCACCAGUCAGGACGACUUCAAGCUAAAGACGGAGCCCAGACUCUCGGCACAGCUGAAGGCUGUGUCAGCAGAGCACCUGGGGCCUGCAUUGGACGCAGGCAGCAAGAACAUUACCAAGUCGCUGGCCUCGCUCACUGAGAUCCAUGAGAAUGGCUUGGGUUUCUCCCUGAGGGACUCCUAUUACAAAGACAGGGUCUCUCGCACCAUCAGCUUGCCUGUCCGGGGCCACACCUUCCCCAGGCAGUCCCGCGGCUCAGACACCUCCCCUCUGAUGCGCAGGAAGUCCUAUGACCGCGGGCAGCCAUACAGACCUCCUGAAGUGGGGUACACCCCCCCCUCCUCCCCGCCGCUCCGACCACGCAACGACCGUAACGUCUUCUCCCGGCUCACCAGCAACCAAAGCCAAGGCUCUGCUUUGGACAAGUCGGAUGACAGCGACUCCUCUCUCUCGGAGGUGCUCAGGGGUGUGAUCAGCCCUGUGGGGGGUGUCAAAGGGGGAAGGACCGCCCCCCUUCAAUGUGUUUCCGUGGCUGAGGGGCACUCCAAACCGGUUCUGUGUCUGGAUGCCACAGACGAGCUGCUUUUCACUGGAUCCAAAGACCGUACCUGCAAGAUAUGGAACUUGGUGACUGGGCAGGAGAUUGUCACGCUGAAGGGCCACCCCAACAACGUGGUGUCUGUCAAGUAUUGCAGCAACUCCUGCCUGGUGUUCACCGUCUCCACCUCCUACAUCAAAGUGUGGGACAUCCGUGACUCUACCAAAUGCGUGCGCACCCUCACGUCCUCAGGUCAAGUGGUCUCUGGAGAUGUCUGUGCUGGUACUACCACCCGCACUAUCACCACAGCACAGGGGGAGUACCAAAUCAACCAGAUCGCCCUAAACCCAGCUGGCUCUGUGUUAUAUGCAGCUGCUGGCAACACCGUCAGGACAUGGGACUUGAAUAGGAUGCAAGCUGCUGGGAAACUGACAGGACAUAUUGGGUCUGUGAUGUGCCUGACAGUGGCCCAGUCAGUAGGUGGCAAGGACCGUGUCAUCACAGGGUCAAAGGACCACUACGUCAAGGUCUUCGAUGUGGCUGAGGGCAUGCUGGGAAACAUUGGCCCAGCGCACAACUUUGAGCCCCCGCACUACGAUGGGAUCGAGUGCUUGGCCACCCAGGGGGAGGUGCUGUUCAGUGGCUCCCGGGACAAUGGGAUCAAGAAAUGGGACCUUGAACAGCAGGAACUGAUCCAGCAAAUCCCCAAUGCUCAUAAGGACUGGGUAUGCGCCCUAGCCUAUGUCCCAGGACGGCCCAUGCUGCUUAGCGCCUGCAGGGGGGGCAUGCUCAAGGUCUGGAAUGUAGACAACUUUACUCCUCUUGGGGAGAUCAAGGGCCACGACAGCCCUAUCAAUGCCAUCUGCACCAACUCCAAACACAUCUUCACAGCCUCAAGCGACUGCCGGGUGAAGCUAUGGAGCUACGUACCGGGGCUCACCCCUUGCCUGCCGCGCCGUGUACUGGCCAUCAAGGGCCGGGCCACCAGCCUCCCAUGAGCCUCCACUAACACUAACUACCCUGAUUGCCCUCUGUGACAUGUCUGUGAAGAUUUGGCUAACAAAGGUGGGGAAGAAGAGAUGACAUUUUGAUUGGUGGGCUUGUCGAUGUUGAACAUUAUUAUUUUUUCUUUCUGGCUUGGAGGGCCUCUCAAAUCAAUACUAUUGUGUGAAGCACCUUGCUGGGAGAUCUCGUUUCUGAAGAGAAAGUAGCAGCUCCCAGGAUGAUGGAGGCAGACAAAUGUCAGAAAAUUCUGCAAGUGUGAAUUUUCAGUGCUGCUGACAACCUAUGGUUUGCUGUACUGCUUAAUUAUUACAAUUUUUAAAAUCCCUGCUGUAAAAGAGACUCAGAGUAUGUACACAUUUGCUGCUUUGUUCCAAAUGGUCAGGCAAUAUAUUUUAAAGAAAUUGUUUUUCAAGACAAAGUUCACAAAAAUAAUUCCAUCCUGCUGCCACAACGUACAAUAUUUUAUUUGUGGAUUUUGGCUGACCAUGUACCUGACAAAGCAGGACAUUUUAAGGAAGUAACCUUCUAAACAUUUUAUUUGCAUAAGACAUUUGUAUAUAUAGCUUCUAUGCCACUCUAUGUAGUAAUUUAUUUGUUUAAUAUGAAAAAACCGAUGGUCCCAAAACUGGCUCUUGUGGAACACCUGUCUAACUUGGAUGAGGAAAAACGUGAAUACUCUCCUGCACUUCAUCUUUGACUGCCUGCCUACCCUCUAACUUCUAAAGAAAAAUUAAUGUUGAUGGUUUACACUGAUAAACUAUUGGUGAGGAGCAAGGAAAAAAUUAUAAAGGAGGAAAGGCUGUUCUUUUGUAAUGCUGCAGAAGUGGCUAACUGAAUUACUGCAUUCAAAUGGAAUGUAAAAAUGCUGAAGUAUGCUGUGGUGUCUUGAUGUGUUCAAGACAUUUUUAGGUCUAAACUCAGAUCUUGAUUGGGUCAUUCUGUACUGUUUUGCUCUGUGUACAGCUGCUGAGUACAUGCAAGAACAAAUGACUUUGUUCACCAGACAGAUCACAAAAUAAGUUGACUAACAUCUCCUUUUAAUGCAUUUUACCUGUUUCAUUUUUUGUGAAUUUUAAGUUUCCUACCUCAAGUAGUUGAUGAAGGUACCUGUCAAAGAAUCAACUGCUUUCUUAAAGCACUUUUGUCUUUCCUGCCUCCCAGGCUCUUAAUCACGUGGCUGACUUGUCGGGAACUUUGCUGCCUUUUUCUCCACUGUCCCUGAUAGCUGAGCUUGCUUUUUGAAACCCCAGGACCAGUAACAGACUCAAGGAGAGAUUAUAACAUUGACUGUGUCUUCAGAGAAGCUGAACUGCUUACAUGAGCAGAAAUGAGACAUUGGUUUAUAAAGUCCUUUUUGAAGAACAUGAUCUUAAUAUGCCUGUAGCUCAAAGCCUGAAAUCAUCAUCUCCAGCUGUGGUUACUAUAUAAUCUGAAGUCUUGCGCGCAUCUCUAUAGGAAUCUCUCGAUAUAUUUUACAGCUACAGACUUGGAUAGAAAUUUUAUGAUUAGUGUGAAAAAAUACGCUCCAUACAAAAAAUGUCCUAUAACAAUAAAGUACAAUUAAGUAGAAUAUUUCAACCAGUGUAGCCCUUUAAUAUCUUUAAUCCUAGUUGUUUAUUAAGAUCUUGUUAAUCUGAUAUUUUUAAGUGUCCCAGUAGAUCUAGGAGAACUACUGACUUUAAGCAGUGGAACCUCAUGUAUUCAGUUUGUCCGUUUUCUCAGUAGAGCCCAGUUUCCCUCAACCCUCAGACAGAUUUUCUUUUUAAUGAAACAUAUUCAUCACCAUAAUCAAAGUGUAUUCCAGUAGUUUACUAUCUUGGAGAAAUCUGGCGACACUAGUAAUCUGUGAAAGUCAUUUUUAGAGGACAGGAGCUCUUUUAGAUUACUAAGAAAGGCUCUGCCUCUAUCCCACUGGGACUUCUGUGAAUAAUUUAUUUUGUAUUACAAAUAUCACUUCAGCCAGUAUAUUUAACAAAAAUGUGCUGAAGUGUAUAGAGAAGCUGAGCCGUGUAUAUUUCAGACCAUCUCCCAGUCCUGAUCAUUUUCUGUGUUGGUGCUUUAUUCUCCAGGUGACUCUGAAAAGACUACUGUUUUUAAGAAAAGACAGAUUCAAAGGUAACGGUGCUAAUCUCUGGCUAUUCCUCUUGUUUUUUAAGCACUGUCUGCGUGCAAUGCACCUUUUUGGUCUUUAUGAUUGUAGGUAAUUAUUUGUCCUGUUUAGAUCUAAUAAACAACAUAUCAAAAGUUCUUUUUAGUUUAUCAAAGCAAUUGAUCUGGUCAUUUUAACCAAGUCGCCUUGCUUGUGCUGAUCCAGCAUCUCAGUAUGAAUUUUCAAUAGUUUUUGUGGAUUAAGAACAAGGUAAGGAAUAAAGCUGAAAUGUGGCUUUUUCAUGGUUGGAGGUAAUAUGAAAGAUACUGCAGUUGCCAAAAAUUCUUGCUGAAAGCUCCUGCCCCCUCACCUCCCCCUUGCAGCAUAGGAAAGCAGAUUUCAACCUUCAUUUACCAGCAUCUUGUCUGGCAGUAUCCUUUUUGGGGGGCUCUAACUGUUGCUGUCUCUCACAGUUCAAGUGAAACAAAAUGCCACUGGUGCUAACUUUUUGAGACUGUUUUCCGGAGCACGUGGCGGAUGAUCUCACUCUAGCAAGGCUCCUUCAGGAUUGAGAUCUAGGACCUGCUAUGCUGCUGAUACCCUCCUUAUGCUGCCCUUCUUACUGUGUACUGGCAGAGGGGCACCACUAGGCAGUGGGAGUUGUACGAUUCAGUUUUCAGUAACCUAAAUGCCUACUUUUAUAGCUGUGCCAAUCAAUGUCUUUAGGUGCUUCAUAAAUGUAGCUACACUUGAACUUGUUUUGUGUUAUCUUUUAUAUUCUCACCAUGUCUUCUUCAAUACUGUAAAGAAAGCUUUGUAGUAGCUUUAACUUGCUCUUGCUGUAGUAGCUUUAACUUACACCUGCUUAAUGUAUGCUAAGUAUAGACUGAUUCUGUGUGCGUCUUUUGUAGACUUGUUUAUGGAGGCAUGUAUGUUCCAGUCAUGUCUGCUGUGGUCAGAAGUGGAGAAACAUUGGUUAGUGAUACCUGGAUGGGGGGAAGAGUCGGACUGAAUUAAUACACUCAAAGGGGACUUGAUUGUUCAGUGUAGGUGAUGCUGCAGUGAUGCUUUCCAAGGCCAACUUGCUGACAGUCAUCAAUACACCUGAAAGCCUUUUUCUGCUGCCUCUUUGCAUUGGCUGCAGCCUUUUGAGUCAUCAUCCUUAAAGCCAUUGUUUGACUAAAUGACCAGGAGGCUGAUCUGUGCUCCCCUAUCUUUGGCCCAUGUAUUGUGCACCUACUUUCAGAGCACAAGAGGCAGGUUAUUCUGCCAUCUUACCUGGUUUUCCCAUCUACUUCCCAACCUAUUUUCUUUGCAAUACCAGGGGAAUACUUGCUAGUCCAACUCCACUCUGUCAGACAGCAGACAUUUUUGACACACUUGAAAAAAAGCCAUGAGGCCCUGUUUCACAAGGUGCUGGCCCAUUCAUGCCUCAAAUCCUAGUGUUGAAGCUUUUAAAUGCACUGUAUUUAACAGGAAUAAUGAUGAUGGCACCUUGUAAAUGCUGAACUUUUAAGAGGUGUUCAUAAGAAAGGUAGAGUAUUUGUUUGACCCUGCAAGGAUAGUGUAUCCAUUAGACUACUUGGUCCACAGGGACAUUGAAGACCACAUGCAGAAAACUGCAUUUGGGCUGUUUCCUACCUCACAGCUUUACACACAGAGCGGAGGAGAGAGCAAGCAGUUUCUUAGUGUGUUUCUCAUCUUGCUGUCAGUGGAUACACUGGAUGGGCAAGCCCUCAAUGCCCAGUGGAGAUGCACAUUAACUGAUCUUGCAUCAUUUUACCAUUGUGCCACCUCAGUACCUGCUGGGGGGACUAAUGCCAUUUCUGACAGUCUCUGUCCACCGCCAGUGUGAUCGAGUUGAGAGUGUGGACUGAGCAUGGGAUUAAUAGUUCAGGGUCAAGGGUGCCUUUUAUUGCACAUGUUCUUUCCAAGGAAUGUAAAUAUUUUGUACAGUUUUUCCCCUUUCUCUUUUUUUUAAUGUGCAUGAGACCAAACUGUAAAAUACUUGGCUGUAAAUAUUGUACUUAUGAUUUAUUUAAUGAUGAUUCUGU